GCGCGGAGCCGCGAGGGGCAGGAGGCUGCGGCCGGGGCUGCCCCGAGCCCCCGGGCCCAGGAGCUGGUGGGGGAGGCUGCGGCUCCGUGGGGCGGGGGUCGUCUGACCCCUUCCCUCCUCUCCCAGACGCGUGGGCCGGGCUGGAGAGCGCGGAGGAGACCUCGGGCAGCGAGCAGAGCUUGAGCUUCCCCGUGGCCGUGUCCGUGGAGGACGUCGUGCCUGGGACCCCCACGCAGCUGGACUUCCCGGAGCUGAUCCUGACGGAGGAGGAGAGGCAGCUGCUGGAGAAAGAUGGCGUCACACUGCCGUCCUACCUGCCCCUCACCAAGGCUGAGGAGCGGCUGCUGAAGAGGGUGCGUCGCAAGAUCCGGAACAAGCAGUCGGCCCAAGACAGCCGCCGCCGCAAAAAGAUCUAUGUGGAUGGGCUGGAGAGCAGGGUGGCAGCCUGCACGGUGCAGAACCACGAGCUGCAGAAGAAGGUGCAGCUGCUGCAGAAGCAGAACAUGUCGUUGCUGGAGCAGCUGCGGAAGCUCCAGGCCCUGGUGCGACAGUCCUCAACCAAGACUACCACAGCCAGUACCUGUAUCGCGGUCAUGUUCCUGUCCUUCUGCCUCAUCCUCACGCCCAGCCUCUUCUUCGGAGCAGGGGGGCGGCAGCAGGAGCUGCGUGGAGUGCUGUCCCGGCAGAUCCGCGAGUUCCCGAGCAUGGGGGACGCAUGGGCAGUGGCACCCGAUGGGCAGGAGGAGAGCAUGCCCACGGGGCUGGCCCCGGAGCCAGAGCCAGGUCUGCAGGACAGCCUCAACCGCUCGCAAGAGGGCAGCCACGGUCUGUCCAAGGCCGAGUCUCGCUCUGCCAUCAGUAGCAACUCGUCCUCUGAUCCACCUGCGCCCAGCGCCUCCAUGCAGGGCUCCCAGCAGGCCGGACAUCCUCCACAGGAGCCCUCAGGGCGGAGCUCCCUGCCCUCCACAGUUCCGGUAUCUUGGGAGGCCAAGAAGCAGGAGUGGGUGGAGCGCAGCACCAGCGUCAUCAUCCAGCAGCACCAUGCGGACGAGAUGUGAGUGCCCAGGCAGGCCCGCCCAGCGCAGCCUUCUUCACUGCAGCGCUGAGUGCCCCGCUGCACCUUCUCCAGCAGUGUCGGCCAGACUUGGACUGUGGGGGCCAGGGCCUCUUUGGGCAGUGGGGCAGAGCUGAGCGGGGAGGUCCGUGGCCCCCCGGGGUCAGGGAGACCCCCACAGUGUGCUGAGCUGCAGCUGCCUGGGGGGGGGAACGGGCACCAGCAGCAGGUUCCCCUGGCCCUUUGGAGUUAGAGCCUGGUGCCUGGGCUGGCACCAGGCUCUCUUCUCUUAACUGGGCCCCAGGACAGCCCUGUUUCCACCACACCCCACCCCUUUGGCCUGGGCACCGUGCCUGGGCUGGGAGGUCCCUGCAUGGUGCUGUACCUGCUACUCCCAGGUGCUGCCUGGCUCCUGCUGGGCCAGGUGCCAGGGCCACUAUGGGGACCCUGGGGCACAGGAGGGGCUGUGCCUCAGGAUAGGCAGACCCAGAGCUCCAAAGCCAUGGCCUUUCCUGCUUGUACAUAGCUGUGUUGGUGACCCAUGGGGGCUGGCCAUGCCAAGCCUGCAGGGACCCCCCCCCCCUUGCAAUGAAGCACCAAUAAAGCGAUCCCCUGCUGUA